GUAGAUACUGAAUAGCACGUGUUCUUUCUUUUUCACUCGUUGAAAUCAUCAUAGUAUUGUUAAUUGUUGAUAUUUAAUUAAUACAUUUACAAUGAAAGUAAAAACUGUUCCGUCAAAAAAAAUGUCUUCAAAAAAACCUUUGGCAGGUUCUAUUCAAAAGAAAAAGUUUUCGAAACCUACUGGUGGUGUUUUGAAAAACAUAGUGAAAAUCACUGAUGCUUUUGAAGAGCUGAAGUCUGGCAAAGAUCUAACAGGGAUUUCUUGUUCAAAAGAGCCUAAACCCGUAAAAAAAAGUGCAGCCAAGGACAAAAUAAAACCCGAUGGUAAGGUACCAAAAAGUACGAUUGAUGUUAAGAAAAAAAAAGACAAAAAGAUUGUUGUGGAACCUAAACAGAAGAAACCUAAGAAAGAUAUAGUUGAAGGUGCACCAAAGAUGUCAAUGAAGUCUAAACUACUUGAAUCCAAACAAAUGACGGAAGUGAAUUCUAAUGAAAGUGAACCUAAACUUGAUAUAAAAAAAGUUGAAGCAGCUGUUAAUGGUCUUUUUACAUUAAUUAAAAAUGAUUCAAAUCUACCAAAAAAUGAAUUAUGGGAUGAAGCUACACCAAUACAUCUAGUGGUUACGGGAGUAAAAAUAGGAGUUGGUCCAAAACGUGUUGUUCGAAUAGCAUUACCAAAUUCACUGAUUACUGAUACAACAGAUAUAUGCCUCAUAGUACCAGAUCUUGUACGUGGUCGGAAUGUAGACCAUGAGAAAACAUAUCAUCAUUAUAAAGAUUUAUUGGCGAAAAAUGGGAUUAAAAAUAUUAAAACUAUUUUGCCAGCUAGACAAAUUCGAGUGGAAUUUAAUGAAUAUGAAGCUAGAAGAAAUUUGUGUAAUUCACAUGAUAUAUUUUUAAUUGAUCAGAAAAUAAGUGGAUUUUUGGUGAAAAAAUUAGGAAAAGAAUUUUAUAUUAAACGAAAGCUCCCAAUUACUGUUAAAUUAGCAAAAAAGCACUUGAAAGCUGAAAUAGAAUCAAAGUUACAUAAGACAUCUUUUUUCCUGGAUUACAAAGGCUCUACUAAAACAGUUCAAGUUGGUCAUAUGCAACAAACGGCUAAGCAAGUUGCUGAAAAUAUUGUAGCUACCUUUAAUAAUUUAGCACAUAGUUAUCCAGGUGGUCUAAAAAAUAUCAGGUGUUUGUUAAUUAAGAGUCCGACAUCUGAAUCAUUGCCUGUAUAUUAUUCACUGGUAUCUAGGAACGAAGUUAAUGGACCAUACACUAAAUCUAAAUUGUAUUCUAAGGAUAAAGAAGUUGAAGGUGAAUUGUUUGGAAAACGUGUAUUGGUAAAACCUAAUGGAGAUGUCACAAUCUUGUCGGGAUCUGAAGAAGAAUCUGAUUUUGAUGAUGAUGACGAUGACAAUGACAAAAUAAAAUCUAAUAAAAAAAAUAAUCAAAAUGACAGUGAAGAAUCUGCUGUUGAGGAAGAUAACGAAGAAGAUGAACAAUCUGAUGCUUCAAUAGAUCAAGAAAAUGAGAAGGAAGUAAUUAACAAUGAUGGUUUAGAAUCUGAUGAAUCUGAAGGUGAAGAUGGUGAUGAUGCUGAAGAAGAAUACUUAAUGGAAUUUGAACAAACAAAAAAAUUACAGUCAAAAAAGAAAAAGAAACAACAAAACGAAGAAACUACUGAAACAAAUCUAGAAAAGGUUAUUCCAGAUGUUAAAAAUAAAAAUAAAUCUCUGAAAAAUAAAAAUAAUAAAAUUCCUAAAGCAAUUAAAAAAAAGAAAUUAAAUAAGUAAAUAAUAUAAAGA